AUGUCUGCCCUUUUCCCCUGUGCAGCUCACAUGCAGAUUAGAGCACUAGUGGAGGUAGCAGUGGAGACCGCUUUAAUGACGCUAAUACCGAGUAAGAUCCUGGCUCCCUUUAAAGGAAGCUAUCUGAUUGGAAACAGAUCUGGGACGCUGGGAGGUUGGCCCUGGCUCGUUUGAUUUAAUGACCCAUUUCCUCGGCUCGUGCCACAAGCAGUUAACGGCAGUCAAGGUGCCCAGAGGUUCGCCGUCAUGGGAGUGUACCACCAUCCAGGCCCAGAAUGAGUAGAGCGAGAGAGAGAGAGAGAGAGUGAGUGAGAGAGUAGUAGAGAUAGUGUGUGAGAGAGCAUUAGAAAGAGAGAGAGAGAGAAUGUUGAGGACUGUAUACAUACUGAAGCAGCCAAGCAACCAAUAAGAGCUUGUGUCUGUGUGUCUGUAGUUCAGCCAGCCGGAGGUAACAGGUUCAAGUUGAAGGCCCAGGGAGUCGCCAUGGUUUCCAUAUAUCCAGCCAUAUGCUCUGCUUCAGAAGUGUUAACCACUCUUUCAAUGCAGACAGUCAUGGGACAUGGUAUUUCAUAUCCGUCUAUUAGGUUCCUACUGUACAUUAUGCCUCGUUUUCAUUGGUCAUCAGAGCAAACAUAGUCACAAUUCAGUAUUACUUGGUGUCUAAUUUGUGUCCCAUGAGUUGCGUUGACAACACAUUUUAAGUGAUAGCGUUCCCUGUUUAGAACCCACCAGAGAGAGAGAGAGAGAGAGAGCGAGAGAGCGAGCGAGCGAGAGAGCGAGAGAGAGCGAGAGAGAGAGAGAGAGAGAGAGAGAGAGAGAGAGAGAGAAGAGGAGCGAGAGAGAUAAGAGAUAGAUAGAGAGAGAGAGAGGGAGAGAGAGAUUAGAGAGAGCUAUGAAAGGGGAUCUAGAUCCGAGCCGGAGAGAGCCUGGAGAUAGUCGAUCGUCGAUUGGGAUUAUCUCCACGCUUUAUCUCUUUCUCUUUCUCUUUUUCUACUUUAAUCCUUCGAUGUCUACUCUUUUUCUCUCGGAGAGAGAGAGAGAGCCCUUACUCUAUGUACAUGCUCGACCUUCUAGUCAACAGCACUCCAGGCCUGAGUAGCGGCCUAAUGGAGCCAGUCAACUUUGAAAACAAAACUUGAGCACGCUUAGACAUAUCAAGCUAAUGAUCAAUUAUUAAUAUUCACAAUCCUCUGCCUUGAUGUCGCUGUAUGGAUAUAGACAGCAAGCAAUUAUGUCAUCCUCUUUGGGUUUUGGUCUGUCCCUGCCCGACUGCCUGCUUCCUGUAUGGAGAGGUUUAUAAAUAUAUAACAGAUAGUUCUUAGUGAGAGGAGUUAUGCACUCUUAUUGCAGAUAUAGAGAUGCAGAUUAAUUUGUAAUUAGUCUUGAAAUGUUGAGCCUCUGUAGAUAAAGGAUUCAAACUUCCAUUCUCCAUUCCAUAAAUGCUGAUCACUUAAAAAGAACAAAUGCUCUGAGCUUGAUAAAAAUAGCUUAAGCUUGAAUUAUUUGUUUGGCGACAAAUACAGACACAUAUGUUUGAAUGCCCUAGCAACACUAAGCGGGAGUAAAUUAGUUUUAGAAUAAACUGUUAUUGUUUGCUUGUAAAAACUGUUCAGUGCAUUAGAUCAGUAAAAGAGAAUCCUGGUGUCUGGUUAAGUGUCAGUUUGUUGGUACAACGCUAAGAGGAAGACGGGGGAGAAAGUUUCCACAUCGUCUCAGUUUAACAAUGUGAUUUCAUUAUCCAUCCAUGAUGUACCGUUACUUUUGGGCUUAGGUUCACAUCAGUUUGCUCCAAAUGUCAGAUAUCUCUCUGUAGAAGAAAAAAGGACGAAAGGAAUAAAGACAUAAGGUUUUUUUGUGAAAAUACCAGAAUAGUUUUUAGUCGUAUAAGGCAGGGGGAGUCUAUUAAUAGUUGAGUCAUCAGCGCUGUUGCAAUGUUCCGAAAUGGCAAAUUGUUAGAUCCCCAAUGGUGAUUAUUACUCUCUGUCAAUGACCUUCAUAACAAAUUAACAUUCCGCCAGUGGAACAGAGCGUGCUCUUUAAUAGGGGUAUGUGUGAGGCGUGGCAUUGACUGUGUAAACUGGGUGGACUGGGUGCUAUGGGACGAGUAGAGAAGGGGAGAGGACAGCCUGGGAUUUGGUUCUGAGACAGAGAUACUGCCCACCACAAACUGAAGGAGGGAGGCAGGUUUUAAUGCAUUUAUUUCAUUGGCGUUUAUCUCCAUUUUUUAUUUACAGCAGAAGGAAAUCACAUUUCAAUUUGGUUCUUGCCUCCAUAAUACAGGGCAAUUAUUAGUAUCAUCCUUGUUAGUGGUGGUGUUUUGGCUGAGCUAGUCUAACCCUGAGGGACUGUUGGAGAGGAGGUAGAGCUGUGGGGAGGGCCACUGUUUUAAUACCACUUUGCCAAAAUCAGGCCUUUCUCUAAUGUAUUCUGAUAGUAAGGCUGACUCACGAGACACCCCGGUGUUUGGAGCAGUAGUAUAAAUCUUAUUAUUUCAUUUUCCGAGACACUGGACAAGUUCAUAUAAGAGGAAAACGGGAAACGUCCUUGGUCUCCGGAUUUACAGCCACCCUUACUGUGGAGGGAGAGAGAGGGAGAGGGAGAGAGAGAGGAGAGAGAAGAGAGAAGAGAGAGAGAGGGAUAGUUUCAGUACAAUUCAGAACAGAUUGAAUUGAAGGACAGCACACUGAAAUGCACCUCUCCUCUGUGGCCUUUGAUAAUAUAUGUCUUUAAGUGCACAUUUAUGUAAUUGAGGUAUUGAUCAGUGUACAUUCUCCCCUUGAUAAUGACUAUUUUAUUAUGGGCUCUUAAUGAGACUUUGGAUUAAUUUUAAAUGUAUGUAGAAUAGUGGUUAAUGGUUGUGAUGCUUAUAUAACUCUGAUGCUAUAUAUAUACACUACCUUUCAAAAGUUUGGGGUCACUUAGAAACGUCCUUGUUUUCGAAAGAAAAGCAAUUUUUCUGUCCAUUAAAAUAACAUCAAAUUGAUCAGAAAUACAGUGUAGACAUUGUUAAUGUUGUAAAUGGCUGUUGUAGCUGGAAACGGCUGAUUGUUAAUGGAAUAUCUACAUAGGCUUACAGAGGCCCAUUAUCAGCAACCAUCAGUCCUGUGUUCCAAUGGCACGUUGUGUUUGCUAAUCCAAGUUUAUCAUUUAAAAGGCUAAUUGAUCAUUAGAAAAACCUUUUGCAAUUAUGUUAGCACAGCUGAAAACUGUUGUGCUGAUUAAAGAAGCAAUACAACUGGCCUUCUUGAGACUAGUUGAGUAUCUGGAGCAUCAGCAAUUGUGGGUUCGAUUACAGGCUCAAAAUGGCAAGAAACAAAUAACUUUCUUCUGAAACUCGUCAGUCUAUUCUUGUUCUGAGAAAUUAAGGCUAUUCCAUGCGAGAAAUUGCCAAGAAACUGAAGAUCUCGUACAACGCUGUGUACUACUCCCUUCACAGAACAGCCCAAACUGGCUCUAACCAGAAUAGAAAGAGGAGUGGGAGGCCCCGGUGCACAACUGAGCAAGAGGACAAAUACGUAAUUUGAGAAACAGACACCUCACUGGUCCUCAACUGGCAGCUUCAUUAAAUAGUACCCGCAAAACACCAGUCUCAACAUCAACAGUGAAGAGACGACUCCGGGAUGCUGACCUUGUAGGCGGAGUUGCAACGAAAAAGCCAUAUCUCAGACUGGCCAAUAAAGAGAAAAUGGGCAAAAUAACACAGACACUGGACAGAGGAAGAUUGGAAAAAAAGUGUUAUGGACAGACAAAUCGAAGUUUGAGGUCUUCGGAUCACAAAGAAGAACAUUUGUGAGACACAGACCAAAUGAAAAGAUGAUGGAGGAGUGCUUGAUGCCAUCUGUCAAGCACGGUGGAGGCGAUGUGAUGGUCUGGGGGUGCUUUUGUGGUGAUAAAGUGGGAGAUUAGUACAGGGUAAAAGGGAUCUUGAAGAAGGAAGGCUAUCACUCCAUUUUGCAACGCCAUGCCAUACCCUGUGGACGGCACUUGAUUGGAGCCAAUUUCCUCCUACAACAGGACAAUGACCCAAAGCACAGCUCCAAACUAUGCAAGAACUAUUUAGGGAAGAAACAGUCAGCUGGUAUUCUGUCUAUAAUGGAGUGGCCAGCACAGUCACCAGAUCUCAACCCUAUUGAGCUGUUGUGGGAGCAGCUUGACCGUAUGGUACGUAAGAAGUGCCCAUCAAGCCAAUCCAAAUUGUGGGAGGUGCUUCAGGAAGCAUGGGGUGAAAUCUCUUCAGAUUACCUUAACAGAUUGACAACUAGAAUGCCAAAGGACUGCAAGGCUGUAAUUGCUGCAAAUGGAGGAUUCUUUGACGAAAGCAAAGUUUGACGGACACAAUUAUUAUUUCAAUUAAAAAUCAUUAUUUCUAACCUUGGCAAUGACUACGUUUCCUAUUCAUUUUGCUAUAUUUCCUAUUCAAACUAAUUUCAUGUAUGUUUUCAUGGAAAACAAGGACAUUUCUAAGUGACCCCAAACUUUUGAAUGGUAGUGUAUAUAUAUACACUAUACAGUGCAUUCGGAAAGUAUUCAGACCCCUUGACCUUUUCCACAUUCUGUUACGUUACAGCCUUAUUCUAAAAUUGAUUAAAUUGUUUUUGUUUUUUCAUCAAUCAACACACAAUACCCUAUAAUGACAAAGCUAAAACAGGUUUUUUUUUUUAAAUUUUUGUAAAUAUAUAAAAAACCGGAAAUAUCACAUUUACAUAAGUAUUCAGACCCUUUACUCAGUACUUUGUUGAGGCACAUUUGGCAGCGAUUACAGCCUAGAGUCUUCUUGGGUAUGACGCUACAAGCUUGGCACACCUGCAUUUAGGUUGUUUCUCGCAUUGUUCUCUGCAGAUCCUCUCAAGCUCUGUCAGGUUGGAUGGGGAGCAUUGCUGCACAGCUAUUUUCAGGUCUCUCCAGAGAUGUUAGAUCGGGUUCAAGUCCGAGCUCUGGCUGGGCCACUCAAUGACAUUCAGAGACUUGUCCCGAAGCCACUCCUGCAUUGUCUUGGCUGUGUGCUUAGGGUCGUUGUCCUUUUGGAAGGUGAACCUUCGCCCCAGUCUGAGGUCUGGAGCAGGUUUUCAUCAAGGAUCUCUCUGUACUUUGCUCCAUUAAUCUUUCCCUCGAUCCCGACUAGUCUCCCAGUCCCUGAAAAAUAUCCCCUGAGCAUGAAACUGCCACCAUCAUGCUUCACCGUAGGGAUGGUGCCAGGUUUCCUCCAGAUUUGACACUUGGCAUUCAGGUCAAAGAGUUCAAUCUUGGUUUCAUCAGACCAGAGAAUCUUAUUUCUCAUGGUCUGAGUGUCCUUUAGGUGCCUUUUGGCAAACUCCAAGCGGGCUGUCAUCUGCCUUUUACUGAGUAGUGGCUUCCGUCUGUCCACUCUACCAUAAAGGCCUGAUCGGUGGAGUGCUGCAGAGAUGGUUGUCCUUCUGGAAGGUUUUCCCAUCUCCACAGGGGAACUCUAGAACUCUGUCAGAGAGACCAUCGGGUUCUUGGUCACCCCCCUGACCAAGGCCCUUCUCCCCCUAUUGCUCGGUUUGGCCGGGCUGCCAGCUCUAGGAAGGGUCUUGGUGGUUCCAAACUUCUUCCAUUUCAGAAUGAUGGAGGACACUGUGUUCUUGUGAAAUGUUUUGGUACCCUUCCCCAGAUCUGUGCCUCGUCACAAUCCUGUCUCGGAGCUCUACGGACAAUUCCUUCGACCUCAUGGCUUAGCUUUUGCUCUGACAUGCACUGUCAACUGUGGGACCUUAUAUAGACAGGUGUGUGCCUUUCCAAAUCAAUUGAAUUUACCACAGGUGGACUCCAAUCAAGUUGUAGAAACAAUGUAAACAUGAUGCACUUGAGCUCAAUUUCUAGUCUCAUAGCAAAGGGUCUGAACACUUAUGUAAAUAAGGUAUUUCUGUUUUUUAUUUAUAAUGGUGGUAUUCAGUUCGCCGCCAUUGGACUCUGCAGUGGUGGAAACACGUUCUCUGUCAUGAUGAAUUACGCUUCACCAUCUGGCAGUCCGAUGGACAAAUCUGGGUUUGGUGGUUGCCAGGAAAACGCUACCUGCCCGAAUGCAUAGUGCCAACUGUAAAGUUUGGUGGAGGAGGAAUAUUGGUCUGGGGCUGUUUUAGAUGGUUCGGGCUAAGCCCCUUAGUUCCAGUGAAGGGAAAUCUUAAUGCUACAGCAUACAAUGACAUUCUAGACAAUUCUGUACUUCCAUCUUUGUGCCAACAGUUUGGGGAAGGCCCAUUCCUGUUUCAGCUUUACAAUGCCCCCGUGCACAAAGCAAGGUCCAUACAGAAUGUGGUCUGCACAGAGCCCUGACCUCAACCCCAUCGAACACCUCUGGGAUGAAUUGGAACGCUGACUGCAAGCCAGGCCUAAUUGCCCAACAUCAGUGCCCACCUCACUAAUGCUCUUGUGGCUGAAUGGAAGCAAGUCCCCGCAGCAAUGUUCCAACAUCUAGUGGAAAGCCUUCCCAGAAGAGUGGAGGCUGUUAUAGCAGCAAAGGGGGGACCAACUCCAUAUUAAUGCCCAUGAUUUUGGAAUGAGAUGUAUACUUUUGGUCAUGUAGUGUCUGUAUAUAUAUAUAUAUAUAUAUAUAUAUAUAUAUAUAUAUAUAUAUAUAUAUACUGUACCUGGUGGUAGAGAGCCUUGAAUGUGGAUUUGUAACUCCAGUUUAUGAUUGCCCAUUGUGCUUGUUGUUGAUUUGGUGUGGUGGAAAAUGAAUAGGAAAUCAAUGAUAGCAGACGAUCAUUUUUUUUUCAUCUUUAAAGGUACAGUGCAUGCAUGCAGCAUUGUUACAGUGAACUGUAAAGAUGUUAUAUGUCUUCCUGGAACACGUGUUGUAUUACCAAGGGGUUUUGUUUACCAUGAUUGUAGGAUAGCAAUUGCUCACGUAGUACAUGCUAUGUUUCCUUUAUACAGAGACAUAUGAGCUAUCAGUGCAUCUGUAUUGGAUAUACUCUCUAUCUCCUGGCCUCUCUUCCUCUCUCACCUUAUUGCCCUGCCCCCACCCUCCUCUCCUCCUCCUGUUCAUCCUCCUCCAGUCUGGAUCCAUAGAAAGCACAGUAUCCAUGUGAAGACUGGACCUACUCAGCCUUCACUAAUGAUAACUACUCACUUCCUGCCAAACAGUGUGCAUGAUGAAUAUUUACCCUGAUUAAUACCCUUCCCCCAAACCUCCUCCUGGCCUCUGUGUCCUAAAAGACGCCCACCUCAGUAAGUCCCUUCAGCCCAGUGAAAUGUCCUCGUCCUCCCUUGCUCCCCUCAUGCGGACGGCCAGACAGCGGCGUCCGGGUGGACGUCUCCGUCCCACUCCAAACCUCUGUCCUGCGAUCUCUCCCUGGAAUUGUGAUCAUCCUGCAGAAUGAUAACGUUAGUGAGACCUCAAUGCUUCUUUAGCAGUGUCUGGGUCUUUUUUCAAUGCUCUUUGAAGCCUGAAACAGACUUGAGAAGAAAAAACAAAGAUGGGCCCGUGCCAGGGAGAAACUUAUGGCACCAUUCCUGUUCCCCUAGCUAGGCAGAGGCAUAGCCUUUACAGAGGGAGAGAUGCACCUUCUGUCACUGGUGGAGGAGGAGGCAGGGAGAGGGGGAGAGGGCUAGAGAAGGAGGGAGGGGAGAGCAAAGGGGACGUCCACUGUCGAAUGCAUCCUAAACAGUAGCUUAGCCGUCCUUUUUGCCCCUGAUAUAAAGAGGUGUAGUGUACAGUAUAUGUCUGAUAAUGUAUUCUAUUGAAUCUCGUGUGUGGCCGGUCCUAUAGUUUAUUAAUGAGAUUAAUGUUUCCUUAUGGAGCUCCACAUUAUUUUAUGUGUUGUAGUUCAAUAAGGCUGUACAGGUAUGGUCUUUGGCAUCAGAGAGUUCUGACUCCAGCUUCAUUCAGAGGAAUAAUCCAUAAAAUAUGGAAAUUAAACAGAGAAUAGAUUAACCAUAAUUUCCCCUACCUCUUCAUCAAUCAAAAAUUUGAAACAAAUAAGGGAAUAAAUGUUUGCUAAAAUACAAUUUAGAAAUGUCUCAUCUGCCUUCAGCAUGCAGAAAAGGGACCAUCUUUCCUCCUCUUUUUUUAUAAGACCAAUUUUAGUGAGACCAGUGCUAAUAAAUAUAAAUGUUUGUGAUUAGCAUCUCUGCGGCACAGGUGCAUGUUUGUUGCAAGGGGAGGCAUGUUCAUUAAUUAUCAGCGAUGAAAAGUACAGUGCGCCAUAAACACAGUCCAAAACCCAGCUCCCUGAUAAAUGAAUGCACAGAUUGUUAAUGUACCAUUGUAUGGCUCAGCCUCGUGGAGCUUAAAAAAAGACUCCUGCCAAAUCGGACCAACCUGGAGGUGCGGCUUCCCUUUCAACGUCCAGAUUACACAGGAUGGAGCUUUAAAAUGGCAUUUUUUCCCCCUUACACAUAGGGUCCAGGAUUAGACAGACAACACAUCCCCCACUGGGGCACUACCAUGUGCUCUGUAAUUAGAUUUUUUCAGACUGGUAUUUACUGUUGACGUGGGUACUGGUGCUAGUACACUGCUGGUCUGUGAGGAGAGACCAGACUGAGAGCAGCAUUUGGUGUUGAAGUGUCUAUUUGGCCUUGUGUACUUGUACCCUAGAAUUAAGCUGUUAAAAUAAUUUUGUGAACAGUAGAUUUAAUCCGCAGUGUUUUCACAAAUUGUUAUUAACAUAAUCAUGAUUUCAUAUCUGGUUUAAUCUCUCUCGUCAAUCUGUGUGGACUUUGCUGGCUCAUAUACAGUGUAUGUAUGCACAUAAGCAACCCACUGCCAAGGCACAGCCUCAUCAUUAAUAUACUCAUCAAAUCACUGCUAUUUAUGUUAUAUCGACAAUGGAAAUAAAACAGAAUGAUUUCCCUUUAUGAACUGUUAAUAUAUAAAUGAAGGUUUCGAUCAUGGCGCUGCUUGGAGCAAGAAAACAAGUACUCGGCUGCAGACAAAGACACAAUCAGCCCAAAAUAGUUGUUUUUCAGUAGCUGUGAAAAUGUUUUAUUAGGGGACUGCUGAACACCUGCCUUAAAAUGUCGUUUCAACAUCUCCCGAAUGCCAUUUUGCUUAAUUGACUUGGAAAUGGCCCAAAUGUAUUGCUGAAUGAAGUCUAAUUAAUAUUAAUAAUAAAUGCCAUUAUUAACAUCAAAGAACAUCUGGUGCCCCUGUUUACCCGCAUGCCUUAUAUGUAACACAUUUUGUGGCUGUUUCAUCUCACAAACAUCAUGGGGUAAACACUUCCUGAAUUUCUUAUUAAAUGUAUUUUAUUUCAUUUUGUUACACAGGGUCACUGAUAGCACCCUCUGCCCAAGUGCUAGUGAGUUCAUCUGGUGUGCAUGUGGUCUUUCAGAUGCUUGAGUGUUUUUCCUGGUCUGAAGCUGGUUGCUGUGAUACCUUAGAGGAUACCCUGGUGUACUCCCAUUCCCCCCCAAAAAAGUGCUUUCACUAGCAUCUGCAUAGUGGUCUGCAUUAGGAGUUUUGUGCCCAUGAAUCACAUACUAAAUAACUUCAAUCUAAAAUUUCAUUAAGUAGUCCUUGUCAGGUAGUAAAAGCAGGGAUAAUGCAGUGGUGUUUAAUGAUAAUUGGUGUUUGGUUAAUAAAUUCUGUGAGUUCAGAUUACUUUCUAGCAGUGGCUAGAAUGCUAGCCUCAGCAGUGUAACUAAACCUCAAAUUGAUUAACUUGCAUGAACCAGCCGUUCACAAAGAUGGCACCCGUCCAAAUAAAAAAAGAGAACAGAGCAUCAGCCGGAUGGUGUUGUGUUGCUCCGGCGUAAGGAAAUCAACUCCCCCCGGGCGCAUUUUUAAAAGCCUAAAGCCUUUAAAAUGAUGUCAUCACAUUUUACUUGCUCUCUCCUUUUUUGAAAUCCACACGUUUCCUUACCAUUUCUUUCUCGCCGUGACAGUAGUUACAUAGAGGGAGAGGACACUGGCUUUGACAGAACACGUGAUGCAUUAGAAUAAUGGAGAGAGAGGGAGACAUCUUGUGUUUUUAUUACCCUUCUUUUUUUCUUCUUCUUUUUAGUGAAAGUGAUGUCACUGUAAUCAAAACCACAGAACAAUUUAGCCUGGAAGUGUGAUUGAAAGAGCACCAUUAAGGAAGAGGCCUUUUCCCCUCAGUUAUUUCUUUGUUGUUGUUGUUGUUUUCUACAUUAAUGGGAACAGGGUGUGGUCCGUCUGGAGAGGCUGUCUCAAAGGACAGACACACAGACACGCAUACGCGCGCACACACACAUGCUCACGCACACACACACACAAACAGGUACAGAGUGUUGUAUGUGUCGGUGGGCUCCUGUGGCAUUUCCCCCUGGUGGUUGAGGAGUUUUUUAUUGUGUCACUAGCAGAGCUCAUGAUGUCAGAGCUGUAGUGCAGCAGACAGCAGCCAGAAUGACUGAUACUCAUCCUCCUCCCAGAUGGCCUGUACAACUCUGCUCCAAUCUGAUCUCAGCCCUUUGUUCUGUUAUGUUCCAUUACAUUUGGAUGAGCCCAAUAAAAUCAGAGCUGGUCUCAAAUCAGAAAGCCUGAAUUAUAUAUGCAUGUGUGUGAUAUUAUUCCACUGCAACAGGGCCUGGAUGUGUCACUUUGUAUGUAACUGGAAAAGUAGUGCAUGGCGGAUAAGAGUACAGUGUAUUGAUAAUGCAGAUUAGAUUAGCUAAUGAAAAUAACAAGCUAUACAAUUGCAGUUUGCAGUGUGUAGUAAGAUAAGUACAGUAGUAUUGGGGAUGUUUAAUUAAAUUGUGUCAUUUUAUUUAUUAGCAAAACUUGCUUGUUAAAUCAAAAUAUUAAUUGUAGAAAUGACGUUGAUCACUAAGAAAUGACAACAGUGAAAGCAUCUGACCGUAUCCAUGGAAGGCUUUUCGCUCACCUAUGGGUAAUAUUAACUUUAACUAAGCCAACUUAAAGCAUUAAACAUGUAUAACACCAGCUAUGGACUAACAGUACACUAACAGUGUGUGCACUAUAGUCGUCUCUGAGAGAUAGCAUUGAGAGUUAUGGUAGCAGGAUUUAACAGGGUAAUAUAUGAAGCCAAUGGCUUGCCUGUGACAAUCAUUUUAAUGUUGUGUCUCUUACAGAUUUUCCCUUUGCAUAAAAAGGAGCAAAGCAAUGGAAAAUCAAUACAUAGAGAAUAGUUAUAGGUGGCGAGUUAUCGAGAAUCUCUCUGUCCCAGACUCGCUCCUCUGAAAGAUGACGUGUAAUAUAUGAGGUGACCUUCAAAUGUCAUAAAUGUGUUGUGCAAUAAACUGUCAAUAUUUGUGGUUAUACGGCGCAGGAUGACUUUUACAGUAAUUGGAACAGCCCUAUUAAAAGCUUGGGAUCAGUCAGCUGAUUAAGGACAACCACGCUGGACGCCUAACGCCUGGGACUCUCUCUCUUUCUUCCUUUCUCUCUCUCUCUCUCUCUCUCUCUCUCUCUCUCUCUCUCUCUCUCUCUCUCUCUCUCUCUCUCUCUCUCUCUCUCUCUCUCUCUCUCUCUCUCUCUCUCUCUCUCUUUCUCUCUCAUCCAUACACUACAUGAACAGAUACAUUGAAGUUUUGGUGUGUGAGUGUGUGUGUGCAGGCGUGCUUGUGUAUUUGUUUGCGUGAGAGCAUAUAGCGAUUGGAACAUUCAUUAUUGAAGGUCUGUUAAAUGCUGGGAGAGCAUCCUCUCCCUGGUACAGGAUCACUAUUAACCCUGCCACACAGAGGGCCAGAGGAUGAGGCUGGCCAUAAGCUGUGUUUUUAGGGGUUUAACUCAACUCCAUCUGGGGUGGACAGGUGGAGCUGUGUUUGCUACAUGAGAGGAGGAAACCUUGCCAAGAGGGGAUAUGUCAAGUGGUGUAAAUGUGUUUGUGGAGAAUUUAGUUACAGUACAGUAUGUGUACAGAUGUAGGAUCUCAAGGCUCGCACACAUCACGCCGAAUGUGGAUCUAGUGUUCGUCUGCCGAUCGUUCAGCGCCCUGUGCUUUAGGGACCAGCAGCUGUAGACUUCUGACUGCUGGCAUUUUUCACGCGAUUCUACAUGUAAAAUCGGUGCGCAAAUUAUGCUCAGAGGUGCUAAGUACUCUGGGCCAGCAAACUCUAUUGUUGUAUCUGGGACCUUAAUUUGAGCCAGUUUCCUACAGCAGGAAAAUAAUCCUGCAGCAACAGGAAAUGUGAACUAUUAUGUGGAUUAUAAUUAAUGCAAAUUUUUGUAGCAGUUGAUACAUAUUUCAUAAGGGAAAAUUAAGUACGAAAUGUUUUUGUGGAAAUUACAAACUUUAGAAGCCUUUUUAACCUCAAUACACUACAAGUUUAAAAGUUCCUGCGUUGCAGGAAAGUUAUCCUGCAACAGGGUGAUUAAAUUAAGAUCCUAUAUCUGUAUAUGGACUGCAGACAUGUUGGGAGUAUUGAUUAGAAAGCCUUGUCUGGGCAUUGGUUUGGAGAGGGUGGGUUUGGAAAGGUCACAUGCAGAUUAGAAUAGUAUGAACGGGGCUAUGGUUAUUACAGUUAAGGAUAUGUCAACUGUUCAAUACUGUAUGCCUGUUGUCUUGGGGUCACAUCCACAUAAAUACAAUAGUACACUGUACAUUGGCAGUGUGGGUGUAGAGUCAUGUGAUUUGCCAGCAGUAGGAGGACUUGCUGACUUCAGUCUUUCUUUUCUUUAAAACAUAUUUGACUCUUAAAGAGAAUGGAAUGGGGUGGGGAAGAAAAGAAAAGAUUAGGCUACUGGAAGAAAUGCUUUUGAUUGUGUAGCAUGGUUACCUAAGUGGGUUGCUCCAUUCAGAUGCUCUCCCUUCCCACACGCAUACCAUAUCAUGUGCCGGACUAGGAAAAAAAAUACAUUUUUAACCUUAUGUGAGCUUUGGUGUGGGUCAUGCACUAACUGACUUGCAACAUAAGCAGCAGAUGUGGGCCAGAGACUGCUUCUGGGGGGUGAUGGGGUGGAGCCAUAAACAGAAUAAUUUAUCUUACUGUGAACUGGUACUUCUUCCUGCUUACCCAUGAUUUAACGGGGUAUGUGGUUAAUAAAGUUAUUAUGUUGGUGUUGGUAUUGGGCUGUGGAGUUCACUCCACCUCAUCGGUCAUUCUGCUUGACUAGAGUGUAGCUUUCAUAACAUAUCACAGCUUACAAGGACUUCUUGAGAAAUCAUCUAUACAGUUAGCUGGUCAUGUAAUGAGGUCAUGGCCCAUAUACGUAUGAGAUAACAUCCUCACCUUAUGAUUGUGCUGCCGUCAACUCUUUUCAAAUCUAUUUCAGUUCCUCCUGAGAUCCAGGUGAUUAUGUGGAGAGCAGUUGUUGGUCUCCACACGUCUAUGCAGUAUUAGUGGCAGUUCAAGCAGGGUGGGGUCACUCUUAUCACCCUCUCAUAUCUCUGACAGAAGCGACGUUACCUGUCAAAAUCAGGGCGCUGCGAAGACACGUUAGCCCACUGCUGACAUAGCUGUUUCUUUUUUUGUAUUGUUCAUUUCAACACAAUCCGCCAUAUGCUACCAGAAUAUGAUGAUAGCGGGGAUAAAACAUUCCGACGGGAGUGGGAGAGUGUGGAGGGGGUCGGCCCGGUGUUUCUAAAGAAGCCUGAAAGCUUAUGAACUGUCAGCGUUCUGUCAGCUUGAAAUGGGUGGGAAAAAUAGCGGCAAAACGUGAACCCAUUUAUGUGUUUGACUUUGUGUGGUGUUAGCAGAUUUGGAUGGAAAAGGAGGACAAAGAAAAGAAAAGUGUGUUUUCUGACAUGGUAACGGUUUGAAGUGACACUCACCACUCCUCCCUUGUGUGUCUGUGUGUGUCUCUCUUGCUCCAGAUGUCGGGGAUGACCUGGGGAAGACAGCAGGGAGUGUUCAGCAGGCCCCAUCCCAGCACAGGGACAGGAGCCUGGGCUCGGCCAUCAAGGACUGCCCAUACUGUGGGAAGACCUUCCGCACCUCCCACCACCUCAAGGUCCACCUGAGGAUACACACAGGUCAGUGGAGUGAGUUCCCCUUAGCUAUUACUGCAUCACCUUUUUCCCUUCUGCCACCGCUCUGCCUACAACUUGAGUCAACACCAUUUGGCCAUGUUCAAUACCAUUGGUGAGGACAGUUAUUCAAAGCACCCAGCUGUUUCCUGGAAAUAUGCUGUAAUUAAUGUGACAAUGGCAUUCAGUGGUUCCCUUUAGCUACUGUUCUUACCCAUAUCUGACAACAAGUGUAAAAAAUAUAUCUCUACCUGGAUAACCUUCCGUGUUAGCUGCUGGGAGGUAGAGGUGGUCCCAUUGAGAGUAAUGAUGUGGACACUGUGUCCACUGGCCAGAGCCAGAGCAGGCUGUUAUACCCCACUACAAUACACUGCAAGGUAGAAAUGCCCCAGUAAAUAUCCAGGCUAAUGUCACAUGUAGGCCAUUCUAAGGUCACCUUAGAUCAAGGACAUGGGCUCAGCUAAUUGUACAAACAGACUAAUCUAACAUGCUAUGUGCUAUGUAUGCUACAGCAUGUUUCUACACUAUGUUUCUGCAUUGAGUGUGUUCUUGCAUACCUUGUAGCGUUGGAAUACUGCUUGGAAUGUAGCUUAGAGUACUGUACUGGACCACCUGUGAAAAUCCAUGGCAUAAUGUUAAGAGUCAGCCCAUAUAAGACACAAAAGAGCAUGACCCUAGAAACGAGUGUUUAGCAUUUCUUCAGAGCUUUGCUCUAAUUACUUGGCUGAGGGGAGAGUUUGAGUGUACGCCCUAGUGACAGUUUAGUACACUAUGCUACAAUACCUCUUCAGUCUGCAUUGCUUUCUCAGAUUAGGCCUGGGAAUGACAAAGUACAUACAGCAUACUCAUGGAGAUCUCAUGGUUUUUAAGACUUCAUUUCUUAUCAGCCUCUGUUCUUGUUCUACAUGUAACUGUGAAUGCUCUCGGAUGGAGCGUCUGAUGUCCUGACAUCUGUAUCUGAAGACACCAUUUUACAGUCCCAAAAAAUUGAAUCCUUAAGUGCCAGAAAAGGCAUGGCUCAAGCUUUCAGAACUUAAAAUGGAAAUCUCUUGCAGCUGAGGAAAUCAAUGCUUGCUUUUUUUCCUCUCUUUUUUUUCGCCAUGCACUUAAAAAGAGAGAAGGGAGACCACCCAAACUGUGCCCCCCCUCCCCCCCCCACUUUAAUAAGGACCACAUACCUCUGGGCUGGAGGGGAAUUAAGGAGCCAGUGUAGCUCGUAGCUCGGCGUAGCGCAGGAGCACUUGUGCACUACCAUAAUUAGGAUCUCUGUGUAAAAUAGCACAUCCAGGUCACCGAGAGCAGAGCAGCCUCAACCCUGAUUCUGCAGAUCUCUGAAUACCUCACCGUCAGGAGAGGUGGGGCCAGGGAUGGGACGGGUGACGGGCGGGGAGCAUGGAAAUCUGUUACCUAACAGAGGGGGGCUGAGUUAUGCCUGCUUUGAGUGGUACAGUAAGGGUCCCCAGAAGGGCCAUAUUUCAGCAGAGAGGAAACAGAAGCCUCAUCCCAGGCCCUCCGUUAACUCACUCAGUGCAGCAGGCCAGGCCCUGCGUAAGCACAACUCAACAUGGUCACUUCAUGCACAGAAACCGUCUGAUAUAUCUACAAGAUGUUGCCCUUUAAAUCACUCAUACAUUAUCAGAUUGACUUCAAGUUGAAAUGAGGAUGAUUACAUCAAGGCGAUGACUUUUACAUCCAAUGAAGAUUCCUCCUUGAUGGCAGAACAGUGGAACUCAGAGAUGACAUAAUGCGCCCUUCAUCCUAAUUCAGUCUGAACAACACAAUGGCAUUGCUUACUGAGAGGUGCUCGCAUUGUGCAACACAAUGUUAGAUUAAUGACUCGCUAACAUUUUGUUGAAAGGAAUGAAGUGAAUUUAAAUUUCUCUAAAAGUUAAAGAGCUAAUGUUACAGUAUUAAUUUCCUCUUGAACAGUGAGUGGGAAAAUAUCCAUUAGUGAAAUUAACCACAGUUUCUAGGUAGCUAACAUUGUGCAGAAUACAGUGUGGGGCCACAGUUAAUGAACACUGCAGUGGGUGAUAUUUCAUUAUACAAAUUAAUGCUCACAUUUUAAUGGGAAAGUCACAUAAUGAAUCUAGGCUUCAGUGACAGCAAUUAGAGACACAGAUUGUCCCCUUCUGGACAAGGCAGUAUUUAGCAGUAAGCAGCUGUGUGUAAAAAAUAAAAAGGUCCUUGCUCUUGACAAUGGCUACGCAUAACUUUAGGGGAAAUAACCAAUAGAGUUUCCACUCACCUUUAAACGGGGACAGAGAAAGAGCCAGGCCUUGCCCAUGUCACAUAACCUUAACCUAACCUUGCAAUCAGAAUGAAUCAAUGGGGACCCAUGAUCUUGCUCUCCAUUUCUCUCCCUCUCUCCAUUUCUCUCUCACCCUCUCCAUCUCUCUGCCUCCCUCCCUCUCUCUCCCCUGUUAUUUCUCUUUCUCAUUCAUGAACAUGUUUAAUACUAACAUUCCCUACCCUUUUCCAUACUAGUACCUCUUUGCAUGUAAAAACACUACUGUUUAGCAACACAUACUGUAUGUUGAUGUUUGUUGCUAACCAACAGCCGUGCUUAUUAAAUGCUAUUUAACAUUGACUUAAAGGUUAGAUGAUGGGAUAGGUUAUUUUCCGAAGGGUUUCCCAGUUCAACCCAGAUAAGAUUUGAAUAACAGCACUUCUUCCAGUGCAAACUGCCUUUCAACAUUAUGUAAAGCCAUAUGGAAAUGUAUCUUAAAGUAUGUCAUAUCUAUUAACUGUUUUAAUUGCCCCUCUGUAGUGGCUCUGGGUGUUUAUUCAGAGUGGUUACUAUGGAGCUGUGACAAAUCAUCCAAAUCCAGAUGAAAAUCGGUUGGAGUAGAAGAACUGCUUACAGAAGUAAAGCAAAAAACACUAUGUCCCAGUACUGGGAGGAGGAAUACAUUGAUACAUUUAAACGUUAUAAUAGUUUUAAUGUACUGUGGCAGGUGAUCAUUAAAUAGUUUCCCCUUAUUUUAUGAAUUUGUAUUUUAAUUGUAUUCCUUGAUUGUGUUAAUAUAUUUUCUUUAUUACCUAUUUAAGAAAAAAUUAGGGGAAACUUAUAUUUCUAAACAAUGACGAAUAGUAAUUCCUUUCUUUUGUGCCAUGGAGAUCUGCUGUGUUUCACAGAGGUUGUGCUGUUUGCGCUGAUAUCAAUUAAAUGUGGAUUAACGGGUACAUAAUGACCUUUAGCAGUAAAUUGUGUGUAAUGUUGCAAGGCAGGAUACAGUAUAUUCCCCAGAUGUCACACAUGCCCCUGACGUAUGAUUGAGCAGAUGUCUUAGCGAGUCCAAAUGGUCCACAAAGAACACACACUUCCAGACACACACACACACACACACACAAACACACACACACACCACAUUUACGGUAUACAUUUCCCAGCCAUGUAUACAUUGAUUACUCUUCAAGGUUUGUUUAGAGAGGUAUCAUAUUUUCAGUUAUAUUCAGUGGUGUAGUGGAGGGUAAAAGUGUCUGCUAAUGGCAAAUAUUAUAUUAUUAUUAUUAUUAUUAUUAUUAUUAUUAUUAUUAUUAUUAUAUUAAAUGCAAGUAAACACAGUUUACCCACCUUUUUUAGCCUAACAGUUUAAUCACCUUUUGUGGAAAAAUGCAUUGAAAGUAUAGGAAGUGUUACUUUAUUCACCACGACCGGUGAUCAGAGUUUACCCACCUAUUGUAUUUGUUUACAAUACCAUUACAUCACUGGUUAUAUUCAGAUGUUUGAAGCCCAAGAUUAAGCAUAUGUCCUCUUAUGUUUUUUAAUAUUUGGAAUGGUGGUGUAGAUGCCCAUUUUCAUCGUUAACAGCCUUACAAAAAUAUUUAACUAAAAAAACAGAUCACUCUAAUUUCACUCUAAUUUUGGGCAUAGAAUAUCAUUUUGUCCAGUUAAAGGAAUUGAGAAUGAUCAUUUGCAUCAGGGACGUUUCCUUAUUAAAUCAGCCCAAGCCCCUGUUAUCCUGCUUAGAGGAUAAGCACUUAUUGGGUUAAAAGCUCAUCUCGCAUGGUUUAUUUUAAAUAUACGCUUCACACUCACUCUUGUGUAAAAGAAAAGAACAUGGUACUCUCUCUCUCUCUCUAGCUCCCUUUCCCUCUCUAAUUUUCUUUCUCUCUCUCUGGUAUCAAUAUUGUAUUGAGUUUGUAUUUGUGGCCCUUUAUUUGAGAACUGUGCAGUAGGUCUGCAGAUCCUACAGUCUUUUUCUGGAAUGGUGCCUUCCAAAUAAUGAUAAAUUACUUGAGCAGUAUGCCAUUUGCUAAUUAUAUCCAUGAUUUACUACAGAGCAAGACUUAAAUCAUUCAAUUCAGUCUUGCGUAACAAUGCAACAUUUUUUCCUGGUAAAAAAUGGUUUCCAUGUGUAUAAUCUAAACAUGGUAUAGCUAUAUAUACACACAAUACUUGACAAACAUCCUUUUAUUCGUUACUUUUUCCAAACCCCCCUUGCUCUUCACACACUUAGCUGUAACUUAUCCAAGAGAAAUGCAUGCCAGGAACAUUACUAUGUCUAAAAACCAAGCUUAGCAUUUAUGCUUAUUGUUUUUUGAUUCCAAAUCUGGCUUUGGUUCAAAAUAUAUUGUAAUUGCUAACAGGAUGCAUUUAAUGUUAAGAUACUGGUAGUAACUUAUCUCUCCAAAGCAAAGGCGAUCCACUUUUCUGGCAAAAAUCAUGAUUGCAUUUUACCAUUCAAGAAUAUUUAUGAAUAUUUAUGUACACAGUAUAUUUAUGUAGAGAUGCUGUACCUGCACUGUAAGUCAAAUGAUGCUACUACCACUAUGCUACUACCAUGAUAUACAAACAAAUGUUUUCCAUAUGUACAUUCUUGCUCAUUUGUGUCAGUUAAAGUCUGUUUUAGUUUCAUAUGAAGGGACUGCAUCUUCCACUAUUUGGUCAAAAUGGCCAUAGAGCCAUUCAACACGGGAAGUUAUGGAGAGCUUCUUCUCUGUGCAUGGUGAUUUAUGAUAAACUGCAAAUAGAGAACGUCCGAGAAAUCACUGUCUCAUCGCCAAGGCAGAGGCCUGUCAGCGAACAAGGCCAAGAGAGAGAGACCCACUAACAACCCCCAGCCCCCCCAUGCAAACAGAGAUAACAUCGAGACAGUUGUGUUGUCAGUUGAAAAUAUUAUCUCUUGUAGUGGACUGAAAGCACCAUAUGGUGAAAUGGUUUUUAUUGUGUCGACAUGAGUGAUGGCUCACUUGGCGGAGCUGGAUCGAGCUGGAUCGACCCGUAUUCAGAUGCCAAUCCCCGAAUGGAGCUGAGGAACUGUUUGCUGAAUGCAGAAUUCUGUUGAAUGUUGGUUAACACUGAGAUCAUUGUGUUGGUUUUCACUGUUGUUUCCUCUCUUAUUCAUUUCCUGUCUCUCUUUUUCCUCUCUAUCUAUCUUUCUUACAGGAGAGAAACCCUACAGGUGCCCUCACUGCGACUACGCAGGCACCCAGUCUGCCUCACUGAAGUACCACCUGGAGCGCCAUCACCGUGAGCGGCAGAAUGGCAGCGGCCCCUCCUCCGGACACGCCCCUCCCUCUGAGCACAAGGAGGAGCACGGCAAGGGUGGCGUCUUCGCCCGUCCUGAUGUCCUCCGCGGCGUUUUCAAGGGCAUGCCCUCCAGCCUGGACUUCAGAGGGGGACCGUUGCACCCCCACCAGUGGGCACCCUCCCGGUAUGUUGUCCCCCAGGGAGCGUGAGAGGGACAGAGAGCGAGAACGCCAUGGCCUGGGAUCUGACACUCCCUCUGAAAGCAUGAAAAGCCCAGAGGGCCCCUCCGCCGCAGACGUCCCAGCCAGCUUCAGAGACCUGGGCCGGGCGUACCAGAGCAUGGUGGGAAACGGUGUCAACUUCCAGGGCUCCCUGCAGGCCUUCAUGGACAGCUUCGUCCUCAGCUCCUUGAAGAAGGAGAAGGAGAUGAGAGAGAGCCACCUGCAGUCCCAGCAUUACUUUGAGAGUGGUGAGCCCAAAGCCAAGAGGGCUGAUACUGGUGAGGAGAAGGCUGAGGCCAAGCCAUCAACGGGCAAACCUGGGUCCCAAUACGAGCCCCUGGAUCUGUCUGUCAAUGUCAAGCCUGAAACAGGCUCUCUGCCUGGCUCCUCUGUCACCUUCCAGGACAACGUGGCGUGGCAUGGCUGCCUCUUCUGCUCCUUCACCACUGCCUCUGUGGAGCUGAUGGCCCUCCACCUGCAGGCCAACCACCUGUGCAAGGCCAAGCAACGCAAGGAGGACAAGGAGCACCAAGGAGAGCCCUCCCACUUCCUCAAGGCCAGCAUGGGCCCAGCCCACCUCCAUGACAGAGACAAUGACAGAGAGGGGGAGAAGAGCCAGUCAGCCUGGUCCAACCACAUGGAGCCCCACGCCAGCAUGGGAGCAUUCCAGAGCGACUUCUACAAGCAGUAUGGAGGCAUGUACGAUGGCUCUCCAAGGACCCCGGGCCUCCAGGGGUUUGGAGCAACAUGCCCUGACCCAGCCCUGGAGCAGCAGAGCCAGGCCAGAGAAACAGCUGGGGAUGAGCUCUCAGACAAGGCCUCCUGCGGGGAGCUGGAGGAGCAGGGACAGUCUGAGGAUGAGGAUGGCAGGGCCGGCGAGCGCUGCCACAGCACCGAGUCCUCCUCCGCCCAACCAGAGAGACAGCAUCCCCACUCUGAUGACGUGGAGGAAGAGGAGGAGGAAGAGGACAGGAUGGAGGGGGAAGAUGAAGACAGUGCCACCUAUCAGAUGCCGAAGCAGAUGCAGGCCGUGUCCCCGGCUAGAGAGGCCCAACGACCAGGGGCCUCCAUAGGACCUGGGGCCCCUUUCCCUCCCCAGUCCCAGCCUCAGCCGCCCCUGGAGAAGCAGUGGCAGCAGGGCUUGGGUCUCCUUUCAUCUCCUGGUGGUCCCUCGGGGCUGCUGAAGCCGGAACAUGCCCAUCUCGAGCAGCAGAUGAACAUGCUGUCUGUCCUGAGGGCCUACAGCUCGGAGAAUCUCGCAGCGUUCAACGGACUUGGAAGCAGCUCAAACAGCGGCAGCGGCAUCAAGAGACCAGACGCACCCAGUAAGUUAGCCUAA